CAGCUCUGCCCCGGCUGCCGCGGUCCCGGGUUCGAGCUCCCGCGGGACCAGAUGAUGUUCGCCCGCCCCUCGAACUUCACUGAACACCUCGACUUCCAGAAAGUCCUCCAGGCGCGUCCUCUUCCACUUUACUAGUCGAGGGGCGAGAGCAAGCAGUUGGCUCUUCCUUCAAACUCCCGGGGCCCAGAAGGCCCAAAGGUGGGGCGAAGUCGGGACCCAAGACCUGGCUGGUUCCGACGCCAAUGCGAUGACCAUUCAGCCCUGGAGCCCUUUGGUCCUUCGGGCCCUCCACCUUUUGGAAGACGCACUUAAAAGAGUGGAGGGAAGGAGUUCGGGCAGACCUCUUAGGGUCAUAAACUCGGGGGCUCAGAGCCCCUGGUGGCCUGUGAGUCCACCGUGAUCUGGCCUCCAGCUUCGCUCCUCGACGUAUUUUACAGCACGGACACCCCGGGCAGGGGAUUUUUCUAUCGAAUCGGUAGGCAAAGAAUUCUUGGCCCUCACUCCUGCCUGCCACGGUCAGAUUACGUUUCACAGACUGGAGCCAGCUGGGAGACGCCCUCUCGGAGGCUGAAGCUGGGCAGGUCUCCAAAGGUGCAGCAGCCACAACAAUCCCGCAGUUCAAAGUUAAGCAGCAGUUGCACAACGUCUAGCAACUCUCCUAGGCGGCUACUAACGAGCUGAAAGCCAGGAACAUCUGAGGAGGUGAAGAGGAAGCUUCCAGUUCUCCUCCCUUCACCCUAGAAAGCCAGACAUCCCCACCACCCACUCCCAGAUAACUCUGAGACACGGUCCUGGCUGUUCGCUUGCCCGGCGGACCAUGGCUCCCUUUGGAAGAAACUUGCUGAAGACUCGGCAUAAAAACAGAUCUCCAACUAAAGACAUGGAUUCAGAAGAGAAGGAAAUUGUGGUUUGGGUUUGCCAAGAAGAGAAGAUUGUCUGUGGGCUAACCAAACGCACCACCUCUGCUGACGUCAUCCAGGCUUUGCUCGAGGAACACGAGACCACGUUUGGAGAGAAACGAUUUCUUCUGGGGAAGCCCAGUGAUUACUGCAUCAUAGAAAAGUGGAGAGGCUCUGAGCGGGUUCUUCCUCCACUAACUAGAAUCCUGAAGCUUUGGAAAGCAUGGGGAGAUGAGCAGCCUAAUAUGCAGUUUGUUUUGGUGAAAACAGAUGCUUUUCUGCCAGUUCCCUUGUGGCGGACAGCUGAAGCUAAAUUAGUGCAAAACACAGAAAAGCCUUGGGAGCUCAGCCCAGCAAAUUACAUGAAGACGUUGCCACCAGAUAAGCAAAAAAGGAUCGUUAGAAAAACUUUUCGGAAACUGGCUAAAAUUAAGCAGGACACAGUUUCCCAUGAUCGAGAUAGUAUGGAGACAUUAGUUCAUCUGAUUAUUUCCCAGGAUCAUACAAUUCAUCAGCAGGUCAAGAGGAUGAGAGAGCUGGAUCUGGAAAUUGAAAAGUGUGAAGCUAAGUUCCACCGUGACCGGGUAGAAAAUGAUGGAGAAAAUUAUGUCCAGGAUGCAUAUUUAAUGCCCAGCUUCAGUGAAGCUGAGCAAAAGCUAGACCUGCAGUAUGAUGAAAACCAGAUUCUGGAAGACCUGAGUGAAAGUGAUGGAAUGGUACAGCUGGAGGAACGACUGACCUAUUACAGGAAGCUCAUUGAUAAGCUCUCCGCCGAAAUAGAAGAAGAGGUGAGAAGUGUUUGCACUGACAUAAAUGAAGAUGCAGAAGGGGCGGCUGCAGGUGAACUUGAAGGCCCUAAUUUAGAAAGCGUUAAGUGUGAUUUGGAGAACAGCAUGAAAGCUGGUUUGAAAAUCCACUCUCACUUGAGUGGCGUCCAGAAAGAGAUUAGAUACAGUGACUCACUGCUUCAGAUGAAAGCUAAGGAAUAUGAGCUCCUGGCCAAGGAGUUCAGCUCACUUCAUAUUAGCAAGAAAGAUGAGUGCCAGCUAAAGGAGAACCAAGGGAAGGAAUCUGAGGUCCCCACCAGCAGUGGGGAGGCUUCUCCUUUUACUCAACGAUUAUUUAACAUGUAUACAAAUGACACAGACUCGGACACUGGUAUCAGCUCUAACCACAGUCAGGACUCAGAAACAGCUGUAGGAGAUGUGGUGCUGUUGUCAACAUAAUUUGAAAGGCUUCUUUCUGACCUACUUUAAUGUCGUUCGUGUUUGUUUAAUUUAAUAGGAAACUUUAUUUUAAAUAUACUCGGAAAAAAAUGUAAAGCAUAUUAAAGUAUUCAGUAGUUAAUAAAAACUAGAGAAAUUUGUAAGUUUCGUUUUGAGUUAAGACUUCCAACGUGACCUAAUUAUUACAAGUUCAAACAAUGAACUGUUUAUUAGGAGUUCAGCACAAAUAACUUGCAGGUGCACAACAGAGAAAUAGUUUGAUGGGAAUUAUAAUCGCCCAUAGCUUCUAUGAGAAAUGAUUUGUGCAAACUUCAAGCUAAUUCUUAAUAUUAGACAAUUGAUAUAUUGAAACUCUACACAUGAACAAAUAAAAUGUGCUGUAAUAUAUUUUUCACUGUAUCAUUGGAAUUUUACAAUCUGUAAAGUACACGACAGCUACUAUAUUGUAACUGUUAUUAAUUCUGAUCUUGGUUCUUUUCAUUGAUACUUAGAAUGUAUACCAUCUCUGUUACUUCCGGAACUCCUCUACCUGUUUAGGCCUAGGUGACAGGAGGUAGGAAAGGUUGCUCCUGGGACCUGCACAAGUGGAUCAGACAGGGUUACAGAUGAAGAAGGGGGUGCAGCAUGAAACAGCAACUUUUCUAACGAAGCCUAAAAUUAUUUAGAGAUAUGCAUGUGUUUUCUCUAUCUGCCAUUCGAAGCUUUGGAUCAAACCAGCAGUCUGUGCAGGUUCAUUCUUUGAGUGAGAUGAUAGUGUGGGUUACAGAGAAAAAUCACUGGGUCAUCGUCCUGUGUAAUUAUGCCCUAUUCACAAAAGUUGAAGGGAUGCAACUUGGGGUCCUUUGUGUGGGUAUAAAAUAGAGUUCGACCUGCCAUAAGUAUGAGCAUUUUGUCUCUGAACAAAUGGAGAACUAAUAUGGUCAAAACGCUUUUGUUCUGCUAUGCUGUAAUUUAGAUUGUCUUUGUAGUACUUUGUUUAAGAUGCAAACUGAAAUAAAAAAGUGCUGGCUCGACCUGCUACCCAACCUUAGAGCAUGAUAGUAAAUAUCCAACAAAUUGAACAGAUUAUUUAGAUCCCAUCUGAACUGACAGUCAUUACAGUGCCAGAUGGGGCUCGGUUUCAAUUCUGUUGUUUUUAGGAAGUUUCUGUCUCCCUCCUUCUCUUUCUUCUCUCCUUUCCCUUCUUUGCUUCUUGCCAGUGAACUCAUGGUAUAAUCAUACUGAAAACAAUUUAAUUGUUGUAUUCUACUGUUAAAUGAAUACACUUGCCGUUUAUUUUUUUCUUUAGCUGACACAUUUCCUAUAUGUCAGUGCACAUGUAAGUAGAAAUAUUAUUUUACUUAGUUUUCACAUGUGGAUAUCAGUUAAGAUUCCCAGUAUUUCUCAUUUCUUCCCUUUUACUCUUAUGUUUACAGUAGUGCGUGUUUUAACUCAGUUUCUUAAUCUGUUUUUAAAUUUCUCCAUUCCCCCAGACUUUUCAUCAGUCUUUGGGAAGAUAUUUAGAAUUGUCUAAAUACUUCACUUUUGGGAAGCAUCUAAUGUUGCCAUUUUUCAUAUCAAGAUAUUGCUGAAGGCCUUAUUUGAAGUUGGAAGUUAAAAAAAGUAGGAAUUUCUAUUCCAGGGAAAGUACAGUGAUAGUAAACAAUAAUGCUAUGAUGGGUUUAGUUAAAAAGAAAUAAAAGGGCAAUUGAAUAAUCGCCUGAGAAAGGGAAGUUUAUUUGCCUAAUAUCCCAUUAAAUCACUCAGCAAUAUGGUAAGCAAUUGACAUAUUUAUUGUUCACUGCUGGGGAUUAAAUUCAGAAAAUCAUCAUCAAUGAUAAGCCAUUUGUGAUGUUUUUCUAAAAUGAAUGUAAUCUCUUUGGAUUACUCUUUAGUGACAAAAUAAUGAAAAGAACAUUGUUAUCUGCUAUGUAAAUUGAUCAAUUAUCCGAAUUCAAAAGAAGUUCUGAUAAGAACCAGAACUAGACAGAUCAUUUCACUUUAAAAACUGAAUUAAUGUGUGCUUUUAUGUAGUUAAGCACAGUGAUGCAUUCUAAGGGCCAAUUCUCCUAUAUUUUUACAGUAAAUGAUGUUAAAAACUCUUGUCAGAAAGAUGAUUGAGUUUGAAAUUCACAUUAGGAUUUCUGUGUGUUCUCUACUUAUCCAAAUGUAUUUGUGCUUUUGAUUCAUUGCAAUGUCAAAUCAAAAGUUAACCAUGAUGAAUCUCUAAUUUAGAGUAAUAUAUUAAUACCAAUAAAAAUACUAAAAUAUGAUGCCCUCAUCUCUGAAUACUGAGCUAUUCUUUAAUCAAAUUGUGAGAAUUUAUAUUAUAAAUUCAAAACUUAAUGUUUUAAUUACUUGUAGAAGCUUUAUAAUAAAAUGUUUAUAAAUUGAGUAACCUUACAGGUUAACUAUGAAAUUGCUCUAUGCAGCUAGAAAGUAGCAAGCCACACACAGGUGGCUUUUCUUUCUUCCUGUAACAAGACUUUGAUUUUUCACAGACUGUGUCUUGUUCAUCCUCCCACGUGAAAUGUCUGUUUUUCCCUUGAUCUGCUGUAACCUGAAAUCCCACCCCUUUCAGGCUUUUUAACACAUUACGUCUUUCUAUGAAGCAUGUAUCGUUCGAGUCAAUGAGUUGUAAUGUCUUAUCUCUGAACCCACAAAUAUUUUAGGUGUAUUUCUCAGAGAGGAGGAUUUAUAUUCUGGCUUAGCUUAUUUUAUUUACAUGCUUAUCUAAAUCCCCUCCCUCAAUGUCUUAUUACUUUGGCUUCUAUCUUGUUAACCUUACUCCCUCCAAUCACCCUCUUUGCCCCUACUCAAUUUUUGAAUUGAAUUGCCAAAUUUUAGAAGAUUGUAAUCUUUUAAAAAAAUGAUUUUCAAACACGGUAAAUGAUGCUUGUGGAUUUUAUACAUAAAUAUGCACUUUCGCAGACUUAAAAUAUUAAUAGCAACUCUACUUAUAAAUUCUUUGGGGGAAGCACUAAAUCUUCCUGUUAUUAUGAAAAAAAUUUAAUGUGGUUUCAAUUUUCUAUUUUAUUUUUAAUUCAUAGAGUCACUGAUUUAAGGCAAUGGAAACAUUGUACCUUUUGAAGCCCCUCAAUGGCUAAAUUAUGGUAUUUUCCUCUGCAUCCCUUGCAUGUUAGAGAAAAAAUCGGUUUCUAAAGUUGGAUUUUAAGUGGUAGACACACAAAAUACUUCGGAAUAUCCUAAAUCAAAUCUUUAUUUUACCUUCUCUUUUUAAUUAAAAAUAUAAAUAAAUGGCCUCCAUUAGUGUGUAGAAGCUAUUCUAAUCCAUUAAAAUUUUAUUUUUCUAUUUAUUUAAACAUCUACUGAACAGGACAAAAUAUAUUUCUGUAGCUACAUUUUAUAAUUUUUCAAAGCAGGAUUAUUGUUUUAUUUAAAAUGUAUUUUUCUAGUGACAAAAGGAAUACCUUUUAAUCUGGUCUAGAUUUCUUUGAAACAUUAGGCUAUUUCUUUUCAUGCUACCUGAUUGGUUUCAUAACCUGAUGUGACAAACAUAAAGUAGGUCUAAUUUCUUCAAGUGUAACUAAUCCAGAAUAAUAAAAGGAAUAGUGGUGUA